GUCAUGCACGUCCCGAUAUAUACACGGUGAACCAAUGAAAGUCGCAAAUUUGCACAUCGUGUCGGCGAGUAAAAAAUGUGAAAAGUUUCAAAACUUGUUUGUUAUCUAGUGGAUUCUGUACUUUUUAAAAUGUCUGCUUUCUCUCACUUGCUUCUAGCUCUUCUUCUCGUGUAUACUUCAGGUGCUGAAGACGGCGGCUCUCGGAAAUUCAGAGAUUUCUUGCAGGAAUGGCCUACGCCAGGGACCGGACCUUACUUUGACACGUCAAUAAAUUCUAACAUAACUGGACUUGUUGGCAAAACUGUCUUGCUACACUGCCGCGUGAAAAAUCUCGGAAACCGCACGGUUUCUUGGGUACGCCACCGAGACAUCCACCUGCUGACAGUGGGGCGAUACACCUACACCUCCGAUCAAAGAUUUGAGGCGAUUCAUACUCCCCAUACGGAAGAAUGGACUUUAAGAAUUCGGUAUCCUCAACGUAAAGAUAGUGGAAUAUACGAAUGUCAAAUAAGCACAACACCGCCAAUAGGCCAUCCAGUUCACCUCACCAUUGUCGAACCCAAUACGGAGAUUCUGGGAGGUCCCGACUUGUUUAUCAACAUGGGUUCGACAAUAAACUUAACUUGUUUGGUACGUUUCGCUCCAGAGCCCCCACCCAGUAUGUUAUGGGCACACAAUGCUCAAGUUAUCAACUUUGACUCUCCCAGGGGUGGUAUUAGCCUUGUCACUGAAAAGGGACAAGUCACAACAAGCCGACUACUUAUCCAGAAGGCCGUACAGAGUGAUUCUGGACUCUACACGUGUACACCGUCCAACGCUAACACCGCCAGUGUUCGAGUGCACAUCCUCAAUGGAGAACACCCAGCAGCCAUGCACCACGGUCAUGGCGCUUUGACGAGAUUGUCCCAUGCUACCAUUCUUCUAAGUUUGGUGGUUUAUUUGGUGAUGAGGCAUCCGACGUAGCGAUUAGGUGAUUAAUUUGACCGUGCACUCUAUCUAUCUGACCAUGAUGGACAUGGAUGUACUGCGUGUCAGUGAUAUUGAUGAACUGCAUUAAUAUUAGUAAUUGAUGGCUAAUCGCAUGGAUCUCUCUGAAUUAUUUUAACAUAUCGUAAAAAUAAAUACUGUCGGGGGCUAAUUACUUUGUCUACAAAUGUAGUACAAUACUAAUUUAAUUAGAAUUAACCGCUCUCGUCAUUAAACCGGAUGGCAAUAAUUGAACGAAACACUCGGAAUUACAAUACACAUGGCCUGAAUCUGAAAUCAAUUUGCUCGGACUUUUCGAGGUUCAUGCGACCAAGUCAUUUUCAUAUACAGGGUUGCGCAAGGAUUUUGGGCAAGUCUGCAUACCCUUUAAUUUGUAUAAUUGGUCAGUCUUGUACAUAUCACGACAGAAAUGCAACGAUUUUCUCUCUUGUACAUACAAUUUUGAUAGUUAAGUCGUUCAAAUUUUGUACAUACUAAAUGUCAUCGGUAAAAUAAAAUUUCGACAUUUCUAUAACUGCCGUACGUAAGAUGUCUCCAAUUCGUUUUCACUUUACUCUUAAACCAGAUUUUUGUAGCAAACUUACACGAAUCGAUGAUCGAUGUUUGCCGACAAGAUAUGAUAUAUUGCCUCGUGGCUUAAUUAUGCAGAAGGCCUCGUAAAGUAAACAUAAUUUCAGAUCCGGAUUUCUUAAGGAAACAGAAAAGAGGUCAUCUUUCACGAAAAUGCACUUGUUUUUGUCCGAUAUGAGAUUUUCAUAAGACAUUUGUGAUUGAUGUUAUGAAUUCCGAUGCGAAUAUGAUAGAGUUUUAUUUCUGAGUAGGGUGAAUCGGCCUUUGACGGCUAUUUAUCACUUUUAAUUAAACUUGUUUAUGAAUAUUUAACGGUUUUGUUCAAAUUGGAGAUUUUUUGAAGAUGUUCUAAUUAAAAUGAGACCCUUUGAAAGCCGGUGACCCAACUUUUAUAAUUUUCGUGUCCGGAAUUUCGAUUGGCUCCUUGCCACCGGCACGCUACCAAUUGGAAACUAAUCUAAAUGCUUUUAAUUUGUUUCCUGUCGCUCGUUCAAAGGGGUAUUUAUCGCAAAGACAAUGGCCAAGUUUUUCAAAAAAAAUCCAACUCUCAUUUUUUCUAAUUAAAUCUUUAUUUUUAUACCAAAUAUAAAAUCCCAUUAUUUUUGCUCUUCGAAAUUAUAGCCUGGCCUUGUUAUUUCAAAAGAAAGAUCAAAUUUCUGUUAUUUUCUGAGUAAACACAAAAAAAUGCAAUUCGUGUAAGUUUGAUGUAAUAUAGACAAAAGUCUUUCCAUAAAAUUGUAAAUAUGUAUAGUUUUAAUAAUUUGACUAAUUCUGUAUUUUGUUGACUCAUGUGAUUUUUGGUGUGAUAAACAAAAUUGUAAAGAAAUAAACGUUUUAUAAUUGAUGACCAAAUUUUAGUAAGACAUUUCUGAAAACCAUAAUAGUUGUAUGCAAAAUUCGACUUCACUAAUACUAUGUAAUAGAAAAACCCUGUAAAUAUAGUAAAUGGAUUCAGUGUUUAAUUUUCUUAAAUUACCAAUAAAAUGUCAUUAAUUUAUUUUAAAUAAAUUUACGA